CGAUGUACAAUAUUAUAGUCAAAAGUUUAUUAGCAUGUGAAUAAGCCAUACCGUUUAAUAUUUGAUUUAAUUCAUAUUUCGAAAUAUACCAAAUAGUUAUGUAUUAAUGUUUAUUAUUUUAUUUGUAAUCUAUCAUUUUUAAUUUGAACAUUUUUUAAAUUUUUAUUUGAGUAAUUUAAAUUUUAAUCUAGUACAGUAAAAUAUUUUAAACAUAAUUUGCUAUAUAUAUUCUAUUUAUAAAAAAUAGCACAGACAUGAUCUAUCAAUUUACAUUAAAAGUGGUCAGUUUACUUUGGACCUUAGGAUUUGUGGAAGCUAUUCAAUAUCCGUUUAAUUAUGCACCCAAAUUAUUUUCAAACACUAAUGAUGAAAAGUUUGACUUCAUUGUAGUUGGUGCUGGAAGUGCAGGAGCAACUGUUGCUUCACGGUUAAGUGAAAUUUCAGAAUGGAACAUAUUAUUAUUGGAAGCUGGCGGUGAUCCUCCUGAAAUAAGUGAAAUACCAUAUAAAUUCACUAAUACGUUAAGAACAAAAUAUGAUUGGCAGUUUCAUUCUGAACCAGAAAAACACAUUUUUAAAUCAUUAGAUCAAGAGACACUUACAAUUAAUAGAGGUAAUAUGCUUGGUGGAACAUCUUCUAUGAACGCAAUGAUGUACUUUAGAGGUACAAAAAAAAAUUUUAAUGGUUGGGAAAGUAAUGGAAAUACUGGAUGGAGUUUUAAUGACGUACUUCCCUAUUUUAAGAAGUCCGAAAAUUUUACCGACUCAAAAAGAUUUAAUUCAAACAUACACUCCAAAGAUGGCCUACUUACUGUAAGUCGUAAUUUAAUAAUAGACAACGUUUAUCCAAUAAUUGCUGAAGCAAAUGAGCAAUUAAAUUUAAGUUCUAUAGAGGAUUUCAAUCAAAUAGAGCCAACAAUUGGAUAUGGAAAUAUCUAUACAACUACGCGUAAGGGUCUUCGAUGUAGUACUUUAAAAGCUUUCCUCAUUCCAGCUAGUAAACGAAAAAAUCUUUUUGUAUCAAAAAAUACAGCAGUCACACGAGUGUUGAUUGAAAAUAAUAAGGCCGUUGGAGUUGAAUUUAUUACACCAAAUGGCGAGGUUAAAUCAGUAAAAUGUUCACAUGAAGUUAUUUUAUCAGCUGGAGCAAUAAUGAGUCCACACAUACUUAUGUUAUCUGGAAUAGGACCAGCAGAACAUUUGAAAAGCCUUGGAAUUGAUGUAGUAAAAGACUUGCAAGUAGGCUACAACUAUCAAGAUCAUGUGUCAUUCCCAGGCUUAGUGUUUACAUACAAUAAAGAAAAAACUAUAGAAGAAAAACAAAGAGAUGCUAAUGAUUACAUAGAGAAGCUUUUAAACGCUACAACUAAUGAAAAAUCUACAUUAGGUUUAUUAGAUUUAAAUAUAUUCAUAAAAUCAAAUUCAGAAAUGGAAUAUCCAGAUUUGCAAGUUUAUCCUGCAAGAUAUAUUUUUAACAGCUCAAAAAACACUUUGAAUGGAAAUAGCGAAUUUCAGAAUUUUUACGGAUUUUCCUCUCAACUUUCAGAAAUGUAUGAUGAAUUGAACAAAAAAAGUGAUCUGAUUUUUAUGGUACCUGUAUUGCUUAAUCCACUAAGUACUGGAAGAAUAAUGUUGCGUUCAAAGAAUUUUUCAGAUAAACCAAAAAUAAUAACCAAUUUUUUAUCAUAUGAUAAAGAGUAUGAAGUUAUAUUGAAAGGUAUUGAUUAUGUUGUGCAACUAUCAAAAACUGAACCAUUUAUCAAAGCUGGUAUAAAUUUUGAUCAAACUAAAAUACCAAAUUGUAGAGAUUACGAUUGGGGAACUAGAGAAUAUUGGAUAUGUGCAAUACAGAAUGUCGCAGGUCAUAUAUUUCACCCAGUUGGAGCUUGUAAGAUGGGUCCACUAGAUGAUAAAACAUCGGUAGUCGAUCCUACUUUAAAAGUUAUUGGAAUUGAAAAUUUAAGAGUGAUAGACAGUUCAAUUAUACCUGUUAUUGUUUCAUUAAAUACAAAUGCAGUUACAAUUAUGAUUGGGGAAAAAGGUUCGGAUAUGGUAAAAAUAUUCCAUAACAAACCAAUAAAUUGAAAACAAAGACUAAUUGUAUAUUCAAUACUAAAUUUUCUAAAAGAAACUUAAAACAUUUUUUAUAAUUAUAGAAAAGGCAAAAAGCUAUUUCCUACUUUAUUUAUUUGUAAUUCAUAAUACUUUGUCAUUAAAAUGAUAAUUGUAAUUUUAAAAUGUGACUAGUUGAAAUAUACAUAAAUAUUAGGCUCUUUUAUAAAAAUUACAAGACAAUGUAAAUUUACAUAACUUUAUUCAUUCUAAUAUAUUUUCACUUUAUAUACAUAUACAUAUAUAUAUUCCAAA